AUGGCAAACAGGAAACAUCAAAGCAUUACAGCCAGCAUGCUGGAUCACAGAGCCAGAGCUUGCCCGACUUCUUCUCACAACAGGGAGCCUGAAAAUGAAGAAAGUGGCCUUCCUAUUGAAGAUUAUGCAGAAAAAGAGGCAGAAUUAGCAACUGUCAGACCAGGUAGCCCUACCCCUGUGGAACAUGAGUGCAAUGACCACAGUGGAGAUGGCGACUCCAGCUCUGACUAUGUAAACAACACUUCCGAGGAGGAGGACUAUGAUGAAGGCUUGCCAGAAGAAGAGGAGGGGAUCACAUACUACAUCAGAUACUGUCCAGAGGAUGACAGUUACCUAGAAGGAAUGGACUGCAAUGGGGAGGAGUAUGCUCCCCAUGAGGAACACCAUGUUGAAACAGAUGAUUGUCAGGAAGCUGUAGAAGAGUGGGCUGAAGGUAAAAUUCAGCACCAAGAUGAAAAUGAGGUGAUGGACAGGCAAGACUGGCAGGAAGGUCAAGAUAAUGGCAUUCGGAUUUUGGAGGAUGAAGCAUCAUCUUUGGAGAUCCAAGACCAAGAAGAAAAUGUACAGUACUGUCAAAGUGAAGGUGACUAUCCGGACUAUUACCCAGCAGAGGCUAAUGGAAAUUCACAGGGAAUAUCACCAUACCAUUCUAGAAAAGAGGAGGCAGAGCUGGAAGAGCAGGAAGAGGACAUUGAUCAGAUUGUAGCAGAAAUCAAAAUGAGUAUGAGCAUGAGCAGUAUUAACAGUACAACAGAGAUGAGUCCAGAGCACUCUGGGACUGAAAACGUGGCACAUGACUACAAAGAGACUUGUUCAAAGGGAGAAGCUGUUCACAGUGCUAACAGGCACGAGGGGAGGCCAAAAUCACUGAAUAUCCCGUCUGCCUCUAAGCACAGUGGAGAUGUGCAUCGAGGUUUUAAAGCAAAGUCAAGAUCCCCAGAGGACAGACAGAAGUGGCCACAGGAGCAGAUGUGCAAUGGUUUAGAGCAGCCCAGGAAGCAGCAGCGUUCAGACCUCAACGGCCCAGCUGACAAUAACAAUCCCCCCGAGACAAAGAAAGUGUCUUCCUUUCCAAGUUUUGUUGAUGUUCCAGGACCUUGUGAACCUGAGGACCUCAUUGAUGGAAUCAUCUUUGCAGCCAAUUACCUGGGCUCCACCCAGCUGCUGUCUGAGCGCAACCCUUCCAAAAACAUCCGCAUGAUGCAGGCCCAGGAGGCAGUGAGUCGUGUCAAGAGGAUGCAAAAGGCGGCUAAAAUCAAGAAAAAAGCGACCUCAGAGGGAGAUUCCCAGGCCUUGACUGAAGUGGAUCUGUUCAUCUCCACACAGAGAAUCAAAGUUCUAAAUGCAGACACACAGGAAACAAUGAUGGACCACGCGCUGCGCACCAUCUCCUACAUCGCCGACAUCGGGAACAUCGUGGUGCUGAUGGCGCGGCGUCGCAUGCCCAGAUCCGCCUCCCAGGACUGCAUUGAAACCACUCCUGGUGCCCAGGAGGGCAAGAAGCAGUACAAAAUGAUCUGCCAUGUCUUUGAGUCAGAGGAUGCACAGCUCAUAGCUCAGUCAAUUGGUCAGGCUUUCAGUGUGGCUUACCAAGAGUUUUUAAGAGCCAAUGGAAUUAACCCAGAGGAUCUCAGUCAGAAAGAAUACAGUGAUAUCAUCAAUACCCAAGAGAUGUACAAUGAUGAUCUCAUACACUUCUCCAAUUCAGAAAACUGCAAAGAGCUCCAGCUAGAAAAACAGAAGGGAGAAAUUCUUGGGGUAGUGAUUGUGGAAUCUGGAUGGGGAUCCAUUCUACCCACCGUUAUCCUGGCCAACAUGAUGAAUGGAGGCCCUGCAGCACGUUCAGGAAAACUGAGCAUUGGAGACCAAAUUAUGUCCAUUAAUGGUACCAGUUUAGUUGGUCUACCUCUUGCAACAUGCCAAGGGAUCAUAAAGGGACUCAAGAAUCAGACACAAGUCAAACUGAACAUUGUCAGCUGUCCUCCUGUUACUACUGUCCUCAUAAAACGGCCAGACUUAAAAUACCAGCUGGGCUUCAGUGUACAGAAUGGAAUUAUUUGCAGCUUGAUGCGAGGUGGAAUAGCAGAGAGGGGAGGGGUAAGAGUGGGACACCGGAUUAUCGAGAUCAAUGGGCAGAGUGUCGUAGCUACUGCUCAUGAGAAGAUAGUACAAGCAUUGUCUAACUCAGUGGGAGAGAUUCACAUGAAGACUAUGCCAGCUGCCAUGUUCAGGCUUCUAACAGGUCAAGAGACCCCCCUGUAUAUCUAA